CGUAAAUCAAGAAGAAUGCAGUCCGGGACGGUACAAAAACUGCUGCCAUCAGCCGAGAUGCUUUCCGCGCUGCUGCCAGGUCUUUUCGUGGCUCAAACAAGAUCAAAGACAUAUACAUCUAAUGUAAUGGAUGAAACGCGCACCAAGCGCAUCAUCGACCAUUUCGCAUACCACAAGGCACGCAAGCAAUACCGCGCAUCGCUGCACAACCUGUACAGCUCGUGGCGCGCGGAGCUCGUAGCGAAACAGCUCGCAGACCCAGGGGCGCAACGGCGGUUAAAGGCGGAGGAGGCGCGCGAGGAGGCAGCGCGGAUGGCUGAGCUGCUACGAGAGAAGCGGGUGGCGACGCUCGUGGAGCAAGUGCGGAAAGCCGAGCUCGAGCACAAGCUGGCGCAAGUGCAGCUGCAGCGGGCGGUGCGGCGUCAGGAGGAGCUGCACCGGCGUGAGGAGGCGCGAGCCGCGCGCUACCAGCGGCUGCUGGAGGCGAGUCGGAACUGGAUCCGGCAGGAGGACCUGGAGGCAGCCAUCAACCGCGCGCUGGAUAACCCCGAGCCCUUCGGCUUCGUCACCAGCCUCAAGAUCAACCGCGGCUUCUGAGGGGCCGCGAGGUCGUCUCCUGAAGAGCCGUGUUGUACGGCUGCAGCGGGUUGGAGGUGGCCGUGUGGUAGUGGCGGGUACACGCUGGUCUCGGUCGAGGUGGCUGCACAACACCGAUGGGGCCUGGGCGAGUCGGGCUCGGAGCUUUUGAGGGGGUGCGUCGGCGUGGCUGGCCCUGAGAAGGGUUUAGGACGCCCGGAUGUGGUUUGGCCGAGCUAGAUUGGCGGCUGUGGCACCGGGCACAAGCGCCGGACGGGAACUGGCACAGCUGGGCGGAGAGAGCCGCCGCCGGUUCGCAUAGGCAUUCAUGUUUGCUGCGGGAUGAGGCGUCGUGAGUGACUCGCGAGGAAUGCAGGUGCCAACGCGCCAUGCGGCGUAGGCUGGUAGGCGGCGGCGGCGGUGCUGUCAUGCCAGUCAACCGGUUGCGGAGGUGCACACAGCAGCGUGUCACGAGUGCGCAACCGGCACGGCAGGGGGGGGGCGUGCGCGGCGCAAUGCGGCACGUGGCCGUGCGGGCAAGCAUGGGCGUGUGGCACUACCGUUGCAUCACUUGCAUGUGGCGGAAGGGACGUAGGUAGCGGGGCACGUACCGGGAGUGCUGCGAUCGAUAACGCUGGGAUGCUAGGCAGACAUAUGUUAUGACAUGAUUGCAAACCUGUAAGCUUGCUUUGAG